GUUGUUGUGCUCUCGGCGCUGCUCCGCUCGGAUCUCCUGUCCGGCGGUGAGCGCUGCCGUCGGCCGCUCAACGUGUUCAAGAAGGCGAGUGCAGCAGCAGCGAGUGGAUGACCGGCCUCCAUCCUCCCGAGUUUCUCUGAGACAACGUCUUCUCGUUGCUCGAACCAGACGCUUUUUAAACAGCGACAGGGACCGACCGACCGACCGACAGUUUUCAGAAAUGCUUAAGUGGUUGCUUGGUGGAAGAGAAAUCCAGGAGCCGGUGGAGAAGUCAUUGGUCCUGUGCAUAGGAGACGAACAACCCCAAAAUCCCUACACCGAGCUGCAAGUAUUAAAGGGUCACAGUGAUAUUGUUCGCUUUGUAGCAUGGAUUGAUGAUUUCAGGUUUGUCUCUGCAGGAGAUGAUGGCGUUGUAUUUGUUUGGAAUGUGCAGAAUGGAGAGCGACUUCACGAGCUGCGAGGCCAUUCCAGACCAAUCACAGCAAUUGCUGUCUUUCCAUUGAUGUAUAGCUCACAGCCGGAAAGUCAUCUUCUUCUUACUGCCUCUUCUGAUAAGAAUAUCAUUAUGUGGGAUCUGGACAGUGGCAGUCAAAUCCAUUUACUAAUGGAAAUUCCGUCAUCUGUUAAGUGUCUGAUGAUUAUAGAAAGACUUGAUAUAUGGCUGUCUGGAGGGAAUGAAGUAUGCAUUUGGAACAAGGAUGCAGAAUUACUCCAUAAAACUGUGUGUUUUAAAGAUGCAGAUGUUAGUUCAAUGAUAGAACUACCAAAAAACGGCAUUGCUGCAGCAGUUAGAAAGGAGCUGGUUAUUUUUAAGCUGGUAGCACCAUCCCAGGAAUCUGAAACUUGGGAAAUUAUCGAGAUGAGACGACUGUCAAACCAUGAAGAUGAUAUUCGUGCCCUGAUCAAGGUUAAUGACCGUACCUUUGCAAGUGGAUCACAUGUGGGUGAAUUAAUAAUUUGGGAUGCUCUGGAGUGGACAGUUCAAGCAACUGAAUCCCAGUUCUGGAAUACAGCUCCUCAACGUGACAAACAGGCUGAGAUAAAAAUAUCAAAGUCCCCAAAUCAGCAUGAAAUCUGCAUCAAUCAUCUGAUUUCAGAUAAGGAGAAUAUUUUUGCUGCAAUUGGGACUGGAAUUUAUGUCUAUAACCUUCAGACAAGAACAGUGAUUGCAUAUCAGCAAAUGGCUCACGAUUCACGUGUGUUGCACAUUGCAAAAUUAGCAAACAAUCAGUUGGUCUCUUGUUCUGAGGAUGGUAGUGUUCGCCUCUGGGAGUUGCAGGAACUUCCUCCAGCUGAGCCUGUCACAUCAGGACUGUUCAGUAUGUUGGGGAUUGGCAGAACAAAUAAACAGCAAAGCCAGAUGGCAAAACACAAGCUGGAAUGUUCUGUGUUGAAAACACUGGAGCUAAUUGGUGAUCUGAUUGGUCAUUCAGGUGCAGUGAGGAUGUUUCUAUACUUUGAAGACCAUGGAAUGGUAACAUGUUCCACUGACCAUCUGAUUAUUUUGUGGAAGGAUGGAGAGAGGGAAUCACGGUUGCGAAGCAAGAAAUUAUUGCAAAUAUUAGAACAGGAUGAACAAUAUGAACCUUAAUUUGGGGGGUAAUUGUACAGGCUAUAAAAUGAAAGUUGCAUGGCACCCUAAAACACUGAAUGAAAAGCGCUGCAGGAAAUGUUACAUGAUGUCUCUGUUUAAAAGAAGUUUCCUUUUUUAAAAAGGGGUCUUACCAACAGUGUGUUUAAAAAGCAUACCAUUCCAAGUAACUUUUCUACAAGGUGUUGACUACAACUUCUGUCUGGGUAUAUAGUACGUUUACAUUGCAAACAUUUUUUUGCCAUCUGAAUACAUUUGUUUACACUUAUGAUCUGUGAAGAAUUGUACAUUCUAUAAUAAUCCUUGCAUUUUUGCAAAUCUAUUAAAUUUAUGGAGUAAAAUCAUCAUGGUAUAGUGACUGUAGUAAUAAUCUAUAUGCUCAUGAUUUAUAUAAAUUGGAAACUUAUUUUAUAUUUAAAUGAUAAGAUUCCAGAUAAUACCUCAGUACUGUCUGUGAGGUGCCCUUAAUUUCUAAAGCAUGUAUUUGAAUAUUUAAUAUAUUAAUUAUGAAAUGAAGUCCUCCGACACUACCUCACGAGACGGGCACUAUGUAAAUGCAAAGGUAUUGAAGGUAUUCCAUCUUUUUGAAAGGUUUCAAGCUAGGUAAAGCAAGACAUUUGGUAAACUGUUUAUCUUGAGGUGGGUAGACAUUCCUCCUGGGUGUGGAUUUACGCUGUUAGCAUUUCAGAGACUCCAGAAUUUGUCAAAACAGUCUUAAUUUUGAAGCUAUUU